ACGGGAGCCAGAAUCAGGCACUAGAGUUAGGCACCUUAGACCGCCCGCAUCCCAAGAGCCCUCGCGAUUCCGAGGUCCUCGCAAGCAUCGCCGGGAGGCGCACGUGUUGGGAGCAACAUGCCUAAGUCCAAACGCGACAAGAAGGUGUCCUUGACGAAGACAGCCAAGAAGGGCUUAGAACUCAAGCAGAACCUGAUAGGAGAGCUUCGAAAAUGUGUGGACAUGUACAAAUACCUUUUCAUCUUCUCUGUGGCAAACAUGAGGAACAGCAAAUUGAAGGAUAUCAGGAAUGCAUGGAAGCACAGCAGGAUAUUCUUUGGCAAGAACAAAGUCAUGAUGGUGGCUUUGGGUCGAGGUCCUGCUGAUGAGUAUAAGGACAACCUGCACCAGGUCAGCAAGAAGCUGAGGGGUGAAGUCGGCCUCUUGUUCACCAACAGAACAAAGAAGGAAGUGAAUGAGUGGUUCAGUAAGUAUACUGAGAUGGAUUACGCGCGGGCAGGUAACAAAGCCACCUUCACCGUCAGCCUGGAUGCGGGGCCCCUGGAGCAGUUCCCCCACUCGAUGGAGCCCCAGCUGAGGCAGCUCGGCCUGCCCACUGCCCUCAAGAAAGGUGUGGUGACUCUGCUCUCUGACUACCAAGUAUGCAAGGAGGGUGAUGUGCUGACCCCUGAGCAGGCCCGAGUCCUGAAGCUGUUUGGGUUCGAAAUGGCCGAGUUCAGAGUUAACAUCAAGUACCUGUGGCAGGCUGAGUCAGGCAAGUUCGAGCACCUGGGGGAGGGUGCAGAGGAGGAAGACAACGAUGACGAAGACAGCUCCUCAAAGGAGUCGGAGGACUCGGAGGAUGACUGAGUGGUGGGCUUGGUCCGGAGCCCCCAUGGGGGCCAGGCUGCCUCCCUUCACUAAGGGAGCAGAGACUCAUUCUGCAGGACUCUCAGGAGGGAGAGAGGAGUAACACCCUCAGGACUGUACUUUUAUAUGGAAUAAAGCCUUGUCCAUGGACCGGGCAUCCCUGGGUUCUCCCUGAGGGCAAAGGGAAGGGGUGGCUUCCUGCCAGAGGCCUGCUGCCCCUUCUUUUUGGUUCUCAGCCCAAACCCUAUGAGCCCUGGAGGUCCCCAGCUUGGUGUUUCCCAGCUCCACCCUCUCCCCCCCUUCUCCCCAAUGUCUGGGACAGAAAGUGUCCGAGGGGGGAGAAGGCCCUGCCAGCUGGGGAUAGCCAGCCCGGGACCUACAGUCACUCAGAAGAUGGAGUAGACGACGGCCAACUGUAGGAAGCACUCGUGUCCCAGGCACGUGCUGAGGACACAGAAGGCGGCCAAAGAGUCACGGGGGAGAAGUCUCAGCAUUCGCCCUCCCGGGCCAGUUGGAGGGGAGCUGUGCUUCAGGUUCUUGUGCCCAACAAGAUGGGCUCUGCCAAUCCCAGGCUUGACUCGGAUCCCACAAACUUCCCUUUGGGCAAGGGGAGAUUUCCGGCACUUAGAGGGACACGUGUGUAAGACCAUUAAACAGUUUUCCGUGCACAAACA